AUGGCUGCAGUUUUACAACCAAUAAGAUGCUUCGUCCAAGGAUUCCAUUCUGUUUCUCAAGUUUUGCCAAAUAAUAGCCUUGUGAAACGAGACUCAUUUUUAGUAACAACUAUUAGAAAUAAAGUGCGCUGUUACUUUCCACGUCCUAAUGAAGUUAGAAGAGUACGUCGUCAUGGCUGGAAUACAAGAAUGUCAACUCCUAAUGGUCGUAGGGUUAUUAUGCGUAGAUUAUUAAAAGGCAGAUUUGUUUUAACCCAUUAG